CAAUUGUUAAUAUGAGUAUAAUAAUACUGUCACAUGAACUUUUUCACUUAAUGGCCUAAGCUUUUGGUUUCGCAUUCAUUUGUUACUUACAUGCUUUACUUAGCUACUUGUGGCGACUAACGGCGGAACCCUUUCUGCUUCCACCUUUUCCUCUUUACCUUAGUAGUCUCUUUGAACUUCUCAACAUGCAAAGCAUUAGAAAUUCCAUCUUGUGGCAUGUGAGGGUAGGGAGUUCAGCCGAAAAAUGGUUGCUUACUGAAAGAGGAAAUGUGCUGAAAUCUCUGAGCCGCCACAUGUGUGCCGCAACAGGUACUACCAGCACUGAUCAGAUAAUGGACCGAGUGAUUGGACUCGUGAAGAAAUUUGAUAAAAUUGAUGCAUCUAAGGUUACUGAAACAGCUGAUUUCCAGAAGGACUUAAGCCUGGAUAGUUUGGACAGGGUGGAGCUUGUUAUGGCCUUUGAGGAAGAAUUCUCCAUUGAAAUCCCUGAAGAGAAAGCAGAUAAGCUGACCUGCUGCGCUGAUGUUGCCAGAUACAUAGUUUCUGGAGCCGAGCAGAAGAGUGUUUAAGUCCUGCGUAAUUCCCGUAAGAUGAUUUCUGAAGACAAAUUGUGUUUUAGAAUUUUUCACUCAUGUUAUGAAUGAAUUAAUUAGUCAUUUCAUACAAUAUAAAAUGUUGGUGACCUUGAGACUGAUUGAGAGCACCUCUCAUUUUGCAAAACUUACAGUCAUGAUAUUCAUCUCUUGAAGUUGGCGUAUAUAACAAAAUAUGAUUUCUUU